UCGAGGAAGCUAAACGGAGAGAACUAGAUUUGGUGUUAUAGAUAAAUGUUUUAUUUUAUUUUUUAAUUAUCAUAGAUUUAGUUAGUCAUAUGACUGUUUUAUACUUGUUCAGCUUAUAACUACCAAACCGUUCUACCUUGUACCACAGAAAAUUCCUGGAGCAAAUGAUGUUGGAAAUUGUAAACCAGAAGAACUGCUUAAAAAGUAUGAAGAACUCCUUCAGAGGGUUAAGGAUGCAUGUAGAUGUAUGGCUCUUUCAGGAGUGCUCCAUUGGGCUAGAUGUAUGAAUGAAUUAUUAAGAGGAUCCAAGGCUUAAAUGAAAGAUUACCAAGGAUGUGCUUAAAGCCACAGAUUGGUUGGUUGGAACUUUGGAAUAGUUUUCAGGAUACUUAAUGAAUUUGGAAGGACAACUGGGAACAGAUCAGAUCUAUUCUUCAAACAUCCAACUAUUUUAUCUGACACAUUAAGUAUGCAACUAAAAUAUGUAUUUUCAACAUGGAUUAAUUUUAUUUCAGUUUAUGCAUUUAGUCAGUGGAAGAUUUCUGAAAGUAGUGGAUUAAGUAAUUAUUCCUAUCAUGAAGAAACUAACUACAAAAGUGAAUGUUCUUUUACAAAAUAUACGGGUCGCCAUGGGAUUAUCAAAAGUCCUGGAUAUCCACAACCCUACAAUAACCACACUUGCAUCGUAUACAUUAUCAGUGUUAAAGGGCCUGGGAAGGUUAUCACAAUCAGAUUUGAUGAUGUGGAUGUAGAAGAAAGCAAUGAACUAUGCUUCAGCCCUCCAUGUUGUAAGUAUAAUUGGUUGAAAGUAGGACCAUUACCACAAAUCAAGUACAAACACUACUGUGGACAGGGUAGGCCUCAGCCUAACCCAUUGAUCAUACAGGCAAAUACACUGUGGAUUAAGUUCUUUACAUCGUUUGUUCUCAAAGGGGGAAGAGGAUUUAAACUUUCUUAUAUUGUAGGUGCUAAAAGAGAAGAUUAUUGCCAGGAAAAUGAAUUCCAGUGUGAUAAUAAAAAAUGUAUUUUAGAGAGGUGGCAUUGUAAUGGAUUUAAUGAGUGUGAAGAUGGGUCUGAUGAGAUAUCUUGUACAGAAACAUGCAGUGCCACAGAGUUCAGGUGUAAUUCGGGUAAUAAGUGCAUUCCUGCAAAAAACUAUUGUAAUGGUGUUCAAGACUGUCCCGACUCUAGUGAUGAGCUUGAUUGCAACUGUGGUCCUAAUCGCACUAGAUGUAGCAACACAUCUACUCAGUGUUAUAAUAUUCUCACAGAAAGAUGUGACAGGAAAUUUCACUGCCCUAAAGGAGAAGAUGAAAUGGGAUGUAGCAAAAAUUGUGGUAAUAGUCUCACUUGUUUAUCUGGUAUUGGAUGUUAUACAAUGAAUCAACAUUGUGAUGGUAAUCCUCAUUGUGGUGAUUUUUCAGAUGAAACGAACUGCGACUCGUCGUCAUGUCGAUCAGAACGAGGUGGCUUUCUCUGUGACAAUGGACGUUGUAUACACGAAACUUGGAAAUGUGAUCGUGUUGAUGACUGUGGAGAUGGUAGUGAUGAAAAAAUUUGUAUCAAGAAUAGUGUAAUCACAGCAGCAAUAAUGGGUUCGUUGAUUUGUGGACUGUUACUAGUUGUUGCUGUUAGUUGUACAUGUAAGUUGUUUGCCCUGCGGUACAUGGAACAUCAUCCAGACUAUUCAAGACAAACUCCACUCUCCAGGUUGGAACAGGAGAUCAUGUAUCGAGAACCACCCCCAUCCUAUGCUGUUGCUGUUGGUCAGGAUAGACCUGAAUUAUCAAAUUUGAACUUACGUGGUUUACAGUCGCAACGCAUUCGAAGAAUUAGAAGAUUAGCUCGCACUCGUAGACAAGCUCCACGCAACGUGAUGGAUAACACAACUCUUGCUGAAUCUUCUUCACCAUCUUUACAAAGGCCUAUUUUAUCAUCCCCUUCCUUAAGUCCUUCUGGCAGUAUACAUUCAAGAUCUAGUUACCAUUCACAAACACCAGAAAAUGCAAGUGAAAGUGAUGUAAGUAUAGCAACAACUAGUACAUUUGUUCAGAAUUCUGACUGCGAAGGAGAACAUGCUUGUAUGUCUGAAAAUGAACCAAAAGAUAACGUCCACAAAAUGUCUUCCUCAUCUCAGCAAACUGUACUUUUACCAUCUCCAGAUUUGAUAAAGAUCACGCAGGGUGCUGGGGUGGAUUCUCCUGGGGUAACUCAAACAGAAGGAAACAGCAGCAGCAAAAACAAGUCCCAAGCAAGUGGUGACGAGUGUAUUCAAAUUGAUCUUGGGAGACUUUCUGUUCAUCACUCAUGUGAAAGUCUGACCUCAACAGUCAAUGACUGUGAUUCUUCUGACACAAUGCCUUUAGUCCAGUAAAAAGAAAAGUAGAAAAAAAUAUUUCAGGAACAGUUUUAAUUACAUUUGAUAUUUUACUGUGAUUUAUUUUUAAACUAGUACUGGAAAAUAUUAAUAUAUUAAUUUUAACAAGAAGAAACAGUUGUUUUGUAGUACCAAUAGAUGUUUUUUUUUCACCAGAUGAGGUUGUAAACAGUGGAAAUCCUAUAUCUACUGGUGAUAAUAACUAUGUUGGUUCUAAGUGGUUGGUCAACCUCAGUUGUUUAUAGAUUGUGCCUUUUUUGUUGACUUCCUGUCUGUGGUAUUUUUCUGAAUUGUAUUAAUAAAUCUCUGUGUAAUAGCAAAUUUAAGUGUAAUAUAUCACUUGCUGAAUUUUAGUGAUUACCCAGAAAUUAAGUACAGUAUGUCUCACCCAGGAGUUAUAUUUUUAUAUAAAAAUAAUUGAAAACAAGGUCACACUAGACAAUGUUUGUGAUACAUACUUCUAAGUGUGUAAUGAUAUGUAAGAUAAAUAGUAAAUUUCAAGUUUAUAUAUAUAUGUGUGUGUGAUUUUAUAAAAAUUGUAGUAUGUCACAUGAGCCCAAUGUAAAAAUAGUUUUUCUUUCAUUGUUCAGUGUCAAAGGUUAACAGUGUUUAGAUAUUUUGUAGAAUAUCACUGAAUGUUUUCUUUCACCGUCAUUUUGAAUGUUUAUAAAUAAUGUGUUUUUGGGUUUGUCCGACUGUUAUUUUGAUAAACAUUUAAUUUCUUUUAAUUGAAUGUUUCAAUAGGACAAAAUUUAAAUGGUAUUUUAUAGUUUUUCAGUUGUGGGAUGACAGCUUUGUGUUAACAAGAAUAUGGCAUGUCAAAUAUUCAGUUUGAAUGAGUUUGUUUCUUUCAGUGUCAACAAGGGCAUAACUGGUUUCAAAAGAAGAGGGAAUGGAAGGUUUGAUUUUUGCAUUUUUUGUAAGAACACACCCUGUGACUUGUUUAAAUGUAUAUUUGGUCUAAGUAUUUCCACAAGAUCAUAAUGAGAGUACUAAUUUAUUAUGCAAUAAAAAAUAUACUUCUGUUGUUGACAUGUGAGUGUGGAAAAUUUCCCAUUAAAGACAAAAUGAAAGGAUAUGUCCCAACUUCAGUAAAUUAUGCUUAGAUCAUUAUCACAGAUGAAUUAUCUGUUUAGUAUGCCUGCCUGCAGUAGAUUGGAUUUUGGGCUGCACAAGUGUUAUGAGUUGUUUUUUUUCAGUGCAAGAUUAUAAUACAAAAGCUACAAUACAUGAGUCACAGGAUCGAGACUCUCCUCUGAAUGUACUCAGCCUUUCAGCUAUGGGGGUGUUAUAAUGUGUUGUGAAACACUGUUUAUUUUAUUGAAGAGUAGCUCAAGAACUAGCAGUGAGUGGUGUUGACGGGUUGUCUUUCCAGUGGUCAGCAAUUCAAAAUUAGAGACAGCAACAGUUUCAGUAUGAGUAUCACUUUAUAAGUAGUGAUAUAUAGGUACGAUUAUCACUUUUAUAAACAAGUAAUUGUUUUGUGUGUUGUAUGCUGUAUUGAAGUUUGAUUCUAACUGCUGUAGAAUAACCUCAUAACCAAAAGCGAACAAACAAAAAAACUGAAUACUUUAAGUAGUUGUUUGUCUUUUUUAUCAUUUGUAUAGAUUAAUUUUUUCUUCAACUUUUAAUAAUACACAUUUUAGUAUUAACUGUUCAAAGUCGAAAUAGCACACCUUGAAAGCCAGCACAAAAGUACAAUUAUGAAAACUAAUGAGACACCUUUAAAAUGCUAUUAACUGUUGACAAAAAAGUAGAAGAAAGGUUUUAGUCUAAAUUUAGCUUAGUACUAACUUUAGUGUACCAAAAUCAGCUGAUCUUGUGUUAUCUCUGGCAGUUUGAGUGGCUGCACUUCUGACAUCUUUCCAAAAUAGUAAACAAGGUUGAACUAAAUUUAGUAUGUUACUUCCUGUAAUUUAUACAGUUUUUUUUUGUGCAGUCAGAAUAUGUUUAAUACAAUUUUUGUUUGUAAUUAUUUAUCAGAAAAACAUGAAGUAAGUAACUUCCAGAAUGGCUUAUUUCUCACAACAUGUUAACCAUAUUUAUACACAUUUCAAUUUGACUGUAUUCAAAGUUAAAACACACCAAAGCUGGGUUAAUGAUAUUAAACUAUCUGUAAUGUCUUUUAAUUUUUUGUAAAUUAAGAAUUUAAUUAGACUUUAACAUUAAUGUGCUGACAUGGUUCUCACAUUAGUGCACUGACUUUUGUUGGAAAGGGCAUAGAAACUGUUUUUUGUUUUUGCUAAAUUUUUCAAGAGGUAGGAAUUAGUCAAAAAUGUGACGUAUGAUUUACAGUAUGUAUUGCUUGAGUAUUCCUAUACUUUAAUAAUGUUUACACACUGUAAGACAGUUUUACUCAGUGGCAUAUAUAUCUAUGAUAAUGAUCCUAUCAAUUUUGCUUCAGAAGUGGCCUUUCAUUUCUAUUUCACAUAUGGUUUAUUUUUAGCAAGUAUUUAGAGCAGUCAUGAAGUUGAUUCUAUCAGAGAUAUAUUCAUAACAUGUGAUCCUCACAAUGAUCAUGGGAAAACAUAAGUUAAUGAUGUGGAAACUGAUGCAGCUCAUUUUCUGUCAAAAACAAAAACUGGCAUAUUUUAUAAAACAAACUAAGGUUUAUAAUAAGUUUUGUGUUUAUAGGUUCCCUAAUUAAGGUAUGCCAUUGUUUAUUUAUUGUUCCUUUCAUUAAUAAUAUUGGUACACUACUUAUUUUAUUGAACAUAAUUACAUUUAUUUUAUUUCAAUUUGUUGUUAAUUAUCAAGAGUGAUUUGUAUUGUUAGCUUAGAAUCUGUAUUUAGAAUUAACCUAAACCUUCUAAGCUGGCUGAGCUUGUUGACAUAGUACUAGGCUUACAGCUGAAAAUAUUGUUAACAAUGAGGGCACCGAAUUGAUAAAACAAUGCAUUCUUAUCUUUAUAAGUAGAUAUGUAAGAAAUGUACAUUUAAUUAGCUACAUUUUGCUCUAAGUACAUAGCUUACACUGAUCAGAAGUUAUCAUUAUUAAAUAGAUUGUGGUUUUAAUCUUUUUCUUUAGCUGUGCUGAAAUACAAGUUUUAUUUUUUACAAAUUCCUAUGUAAUUUGGCUUUGAAAGCUUUGGACAAAUAUAAAUACCAUUAUUACCGACUGUGAGACAAAAUUUCUAAAUGGCAUGAUACGCAGUAAUUUGUUUUGUGUAUUUGUAAAGCUAUUAACGCAUUGUGGAUCUUCACAUACUUUAAAAAAUUAAAUAGUUAUUGAAAGUUACAUAUAAAUUUAUACAUUGAAAUAUGGAAGAGCUGAAGAGUAGUGAAAACUAAGAAACUGGUUUUGUAUAAAAUGUUAUUGUGAGGAUUAGAUACAAUUCUUUUCAACUUCUAUUAUGUCAAAGCUGUUUUUUAAGGGUUUUUUGUGUGUGUGUGUGUCAAAAAUUUUCUUUAUAUUAUUUUGAACUCUAGUCAAGCUUGCACAUGCUUUUAUGUUCAGUGGUAUAAUGGAAGAAUAUUUCUUUUAAAAUUUUAAUGGUGUUGCAUGAAUAUUGCAAGUUGUAAAGAAAAAAAGGUGCAUCGAUUAUAUGGAUAUGUAAUUUUUAUUAUUUAGAAAUGAUUACAGAAAAAUUAUUUUAUUCUUUUCAUGGAUAGUGGGUUGUGUAUAUUUAUGCAAAAGGAUUGAAUCGUUUUUGGAAACUAAAAUACUUAUUUUUUUUCCAAACAAUCCUUUGUUCAUCUCUGUAUAGGUAAGAAUAUGUCGUAAACUUGGAGAAAAGGUACCUCUUGAUUACUCUUAAGAUUUUAAAAUGCUGAUUUUUGUUUUGGCAGUUAUGUUUUUAUUAAUUUGAACCAUUACUUGAAAAGGAGUACAGCGUGGUUACAGUUUUGUAGAAAUAAAAAAAGAUGUACAUAAGAUAUAUCAUUCUGUAGGGAGAGUUACUAUUUCAUAUGUAAUAAUAGUUCUUCAAUGAUUAAAAACGUAUAUUAUGAUCAUCUCAGUGCAUUUUCCACUGAUUUAUUGAACAGAAUAACAGCUAUUCCAAUGAUGAAAUGUAAAUUCAUUUACGUUUUGAAUCUGCAUUGUUUAGAAAUAAAGAGGAUAUUCAGAAAGAAA